GCACGGCACACACAUCAGUCGAGAAGUUGUAAAAGCAGAGAGUGGCUAGUUCGUCGCAGCAAUCCGCGAAAAAAGUGCUAUUUUUCGGGACAAAGGUUUUUUCCCCGAUCGAUCGGUGUGCGCUUCGGUUCCGGUUUCAUUCGGAUCGUUCAUUUUUAGUGCAAGGAAGGUGAUUUGAAGUGAGCCAAUACGAAAGUUUGUUGAGGAAAUUGUCAUUCGGAGCAUUUUCUGGCUGCCCCAUCCCGGAGGAUCCCCCAGUUGAGCAAAACCGUUUCCCGUUGUUUUCUUCUCCCAAGUUCGGACGAAGUUUGGCUGUCAAAAUGGCAACGGAAGACCAAAACAACGAGCCCCUGCCACCAGUAGCGGUGCAAUCUCCAGUGGAAGAGAAACCAAAAGAAGUUACCAAACGUUCGAUUCGUCUGGACACCUGGCAGAAAAUAAAGGACCAAAAACUAACGCCCCUGCGUCGCUUCUCCGUGUUCAACAAGAUCCCGAACUAUAUCGGAGCGGAAAAGGCGGCAGAGCUGCUGGCAGAGACCGACGAGUUCAAGAAAGCAAAUUCGGUCAAGGUUAACAUCGAUUUGGCCCAGGAACCCGUGAAGCUUCAGGUCGUUAAAGCCAAAAAGACCUUGUUCGUCCCGCCGGCUCAGAAAUCUCCAAAUGUGUACGCCAAAAUUAAGAAAUGUAACCCGGACGAGUUGGACCUGGUCACGCAAAGGAAAAUCAUCAAACUGCAAGGCGAGGAAGAUACGUUCCAGGAGAUUGACAUGCACGGAAUUGAAAAAUUGGACAUGGUCGUCGUUGGUUCGUGUGCAGUUUCGCGUCAAGGCCACCGCAUCGGCAAAGGCAACGGUUACGUCGAUUUAGACAUUGGUAUUCUAACGCACCUGGGUGUAAUCAACAAGGACACGCUGAUCGUGACCACCGUACACGAUGUGCAGGUGUACGACACACUGCCAGAAAAUCUUUUCCAAAGCUACGAUCUUCCGCUGGACUUGAUCGUCACACCAACCGAGGUCAUUCGCGUAAGCAAACGCCUGACGCGUCCAGCCGGCAUCGAGUGGAACUUGCUGUCGUCGAGACGUCUGGAGAUUGUUCCAGUGUUGAAGAGCAUCAAGGAGUUUGAGGAAAAGUCCGGUAAGGAGAUCGUUCUGAAAUCCGAAGACACCGACGUUGAGAGUUACCAACAGAAAUCUCGCCAGAACAAACGAACGAUGCGGCGGGCGAUGUCAGGUUUAAGACGGCGCCGUCGAUCCGACCGACGAGUGAGUGAAAAGCAGCAGAAUGGCGACGCGGAUAGUCAUGAUGAGGGUGGCGAAAAAACUGAUGGUGAAGCAGGUGAAGGAGGUAAAUCAGGAGGAGGUCGUCCACAACGGAAGAACCGUUUCCGCAGGAAUAAUCGCAGAUCCACCAAUAAGGAUACGGGCGAGUCGGCUGCAGAAAAGUCUGAGGGUGACGACAAAGCCGGUGGCGACAAAGACGGAGGCGAUGGCGACGCUAAGAAGGGUGGACGAGAUCGCCGUCGUAGGGAGAGAAAUCCCAAAAAUGAAAGAAAGAAUGGACGGGUGGAACGUGACGUUUGCAUUCGAGUAACAAACAUUGCUCGUUCGAUGCGAAUCAAAGAACUCAAACAAGAGUUGCGAACCCGAGAAUGCAAUCCGCUCUUUAUCACAUGGAAUGGUUACCACGGAAAGUGCUAUUUGCAUUUCCCCAAGAAGCCAGAUCAGACCGACGAUGACGCGGGCUCUGAGCUACUUAAGCAGCUAGAGAAUCUAACCCUGACUGUGACACCCCGCGAGAAAGAGGGAGGUGGUGAGCCGAAACAGGUAACACUGAAGUGCGAAAUUAUGAAGCGAAAAGAAGGCGGGGGUGGUGAUGCGCAAACGGCCACGAAUGGAACGGUGCUGGAGGGAAGUCGAAUUGAAACGACUGACGUGACUGCUGUCUAAAUGACACCAGGAACCUCAUCUACCGAAAACCAUGAAAUGAAGCGCAUACAGAGUGCAAAAUAUCGGAGAGAACCGACUCUUGGAGCUGCGUCCCCAAAGCGGUAUUCGUCGUAGCCAACGUUAUCCAAUCUCUUUGUCGUCCAGUCCCCCUAACAACAGAAUUCUAUGUUUUCGAGAUGAUUGAUUAUUGGAAGGAGAAAAUCUGCUACUGCCACCGCUUUUUGCCCUGUGGGAAGCGAUCGCUUACGAUUGAGUUCUUUACCAGUUUAGAGAGAAUAAAAUAUAAAACGGUGUACAACCGUUGCUGCACUUUCCUGCCUUUCCGAGGUCCCCCCACCUCAAGCAGGUCGGGGCGAUUCGGAAGUUGCGCAGCAGGAGACAACGCAGAUUUGCGUCGAUUUACAAGACAAAUGCUCUUCCGUUUCCUCCACCGAACGACGCGCGCUCGAUGCAAAGCUUUUGCAGGACUUUUGCUUUUAAAAUCGGCGAAGCGUUUCCUUUUGACCUGUUGCUGGGGAGGAGCAGAUGCAACACGGAGUUAUAUGUUGUUAAACUAUUAUUAUUUUUGUUACUAACGCUUUAAGAGACAAGAGAUUAUUUACCAUUAACAAAUUUGAAUUGAUAGAAGCCUUCACCUUCCAAUAUCUCGCGAGACGUGAAGAAUUUCCAUUAGUUCGUGUGAAACUUGUACGUAGGAGAAAAGCGAAAACCGAGGUACGUCGAAAAUCCGAUUUUUGCCUUUCUAAGCGACAGAACGAUUAUGUAGAACAAACACAAAUACGAUCGUAGAGUUUAAAUUGAAUGUAUUUUGUGCGCAAGAAGUGAAUUUGCACUAUGGGAAACAAACCAAUGACGAAGAAAUUGUGGAAAAACUAAGCAAUUCUUUUUCCUGUUUUAGACGAAAAACAAGUUGGUAAAUAAUGAAUAUUUGAAUUAUGUAAUGGUGGAAACAACACAGACACAAAGCGAAAUGUAUUAAGAAGCUGUACUGUUGACACUGAAAGGGACAAAUUUGAAGGGAUUAACAAUUAAAAGUAAUAUAAAUUUAAAGAAAACGCUGCUAAAAGAAACUGGAAACAAAGCAACUAGAAUGUAGAAGCGAGAGUCGAAGCAAUGAAAUCAACAUUUUCUAUAUCGAAGUAUGUAACACUUACAUAAUGUUGGAGAAUAAAACCAUUCGAUAUAAAACAUAUUUAGAGAAAGAUAGCCGUUUCAGAUGAGCAUGCCUAUUUAUAUAAUAUUCAUUUAUGACGUUGAUGAAAAAAGGAAUUUUCUUCGCUUCUGAACAAUGAAAAAUAUCAGAAAGAAAUCGUUGAUGCGCGGGUGGGAGAAAGGAGUGCGCAUUAUUCUGCACACUCGGGAAGGAAUUCUCCAUUUGGCGUUCGACCACGGUAGAUUGUUAUUAUUUUUUUUUGAAAACAGGUGGACAAAAUUGUCGAAAAACCUUGAAUAGUCAAAAGUAAAGAGCCAGCAGAGGUGAGCAAAAUGUGUGAACCAAAACCGAUGGAGGAGCACAGCAUCGGCCAGUUUGGAACUCUGAAGCCGGAGGGAGAUGAAUUUUUAAAGAACAGAAUAAUACAUGUAUGCUUUACCUUUAUGCAGUGAAUCAACUUGUUAAAACGAGGAAAAAAGAAGCGAUAUAUAAGAUAGAGCGGUUAAUAUCAACCAGCAAGAGUAAAUUCUAAUAAUAAUUAUAGUUUAUGGUUGAAAAUUAAGUGAGGUGCAGCGGGCUGAUAUAUACAUGUUACGAUAAAUGAAAAGAUUUGGAGAAUAGAUGAUAAUCAAAAAUUGUAUUAGUUUGAACCAGUUUUGCAGUAGCUAUCUGAGAUUUGAAGAAAUAAUGUGUGGAACAAACUUAAAUAAGAACGAAUUCAUUCGAGAAGCUUUUACAAUAAAAGAACACAUUGUUGGAAAGCAUUCAUGGGGCGAUUAGGAACAAGUUGGCACUGUUUAUCAUCUAUUCUUCUAUUCUAAUCAAGCUCGCCAAGCCUUAGGUUCUAGGAUUAAGAUAUCAGAGUCGAUCUAUUGGCCAGACAAGAUUGAGGAUCAAAACUGCUUAGAUUUGCAGAGUAAUACUUUCAGUGUUUUCUAAAAUAACACUUUAAUGCAGCAGAACGAUGCUCGAUCUCCAACGCCAAAGGUAUGAUAAAGCUAGAUCGACUCGAAGCAUCCAUUUUACCUAUCAAUUUAUUCACCUUAACACUGGGAGCAGCCACAAUGUCAAAUGUUUUGGUCCCCUACUAGCAAACAAAAUUGGGACUUGAAAACAUGCUUAUUGUUGUUGCGCUAUCCGUUUCAUUAACAUUUCUGAAGCUACGUAAAUAAAAGUUUCCUUUGUAGAUUUUGGGGAAAUUUGGUUGCACUUGAAAAAAAAAACGUCGAUGGCAAAAUAAAACAACGUAAAUAACAACUUGGUAAUGCUUUCCGAUAACUAUUACUCUUCAGACACUUCGAUAUUAUAAUGGAAAAGAAACGCUAACUAAAGGUUUUCUUCAUUACAAGAUUAUAAGGUUAAAGUAAGAAAAAAUUCAACUAAAAUAUAACAACGACGAAAACAUUAAGAAAGGUAAUCAGAGUGUAAACGUUUGUAGAAUUUUUGCGCUAAGCAUUCACACCACACACAUGAAACACACAAAUAACGCAUGAUGUUAGAACAAGCAAAGAAAGUACACGAGUAAUAAACGUAGGUUUUAAGACUUAUUUACAUCUUUCAAAGUACAGUAAUAAUGAGUAAAAAGAUCACAGUUCGGAAGGAUAAUUUUCCACAGUCGAAAAUUGUCGAAAGUAUGAAUAUGACUUGUACAAACUUGUCCUUCCGAAACGAAACGUGAUGAUGAUGUAUUGGAUGUGUUUUCUUUUAACAAAAUGCAAUCAAAAUUGAUUUCAUAACCCUGAAAAGAUGAAUCGUGAAAAAAUGGGUUUUAGUUACUUUUUUUAACAAUCAUUCGCUAUUAAUCAGAUGACUACAACUGAUUUUUUCACUCAAGACGAAAGUACAUGCAUCCAUUUAGUAUCUAGAAAAAUAAUUUGGUACAAGCGCAAAACUACGCGAAUAAUGCAGAAGCUGCCACCGUGCAAGAAGAAAAUACACAAAUGAAUAUUAUUUUGUGAACACAAAAAAUUAGGCCGUAAAACAAUGGUUCAUAGAGAAAAUAAAGAGGCGAACAACGAUGUUGACUUAAAUAACACAAAUUCCGGUUUGUUAGCAACUUCUUUCAAUACUGUUUAUUCCGAAUAAAAAGAACAACAACUGAGCAGACAGGAAAAAGAAUUAAACUAUAUUGAAGUAAUUUUCCAAAUCCCGUGAGAACGACAAAAGAGAUGCGAAAAAGCACAUUUUGAACGAAAAACAACGUCAUGUUGAUCAACUACGACAAACCUGGGAACAAAGGAAUACAGUGAAGAUGGAAAAAAGGAAACGAGGAUAUUGGAGGACGGUGAGACAAGAAGUAAACGCGAAUAAUACGAAGACGAACUCACUGAAGGACGAGAACAAACAAUAAAACAACAACAACAACACAAAGUAAAACAACGCCCAGGGAUUAAACAUAAAACGAAAGAAGCAAAACCAACACUCAAACAAAAAUCUUUACUAUUCGGAUAGAAGACGUGUUUGAACCUUUAGAGCGAAAUACAAAGAAGUAAAACGCGAAACAAAAUACCAGAAGAAACAACAGUUUCAAAAUUAAUAGAUCCAAACCAAAUCAUCAUUUGUAAGAACUUGAACAAUAACAACUUUUUUGAAUAAAAUAUUUUACGCCUA